UGAUCCCGUUCCUCCCAGCUUAUCCCUGAAGUACACCGACCAUGACGAGCACCGACCUCGACCUCCGCGACAUCGAUGCCUGCUUAUUCGACGUAUUCGGUACUGUCCUUGACUGGCACAGCACAGUCACUCGCCAAGUCGCCCACCUCAGCAAAGGACUGCUUCUCGAAGGCUCACAGGACGCAGUCGAUUUUGCAGAAGAAUGGAGAGCCGGAUAUUAUGCUCAUGUCCAAAGAGUAUCACAGGGCGGGGAGGGUACUGGCAAUACAGAUAUCAUGCACCGACAAAUACUGGAUGAUAUGCUCACCACCCCGCGCUGGUCUCAUCUUGUAGACGUCUGGGGCGAAUCCGAUCGUGAAGAACUGACCAUGAUCUGGCACAACUUGGAUGCGUAUCAGAACACCAUCCCCGGCCUGACAGAACUCAAACGCCACGUCAACAUCCUCACUCUAUCUAACGGAAACUUCAGAUUACUUCUCAAUCUGGCAAAGAACCAAGGUGUUCCCUGGGAUGGUAUCUUUUCGUCCGAACUGUUCGGAUCUUACAAACCGAACAAAAAGGUCUACCAAUCUGCAGCAUACCACCUUUCUUUACCUCCUCACAAGAUAGCAAUGGUCGCUGCGCACAGGUCCGACCUCCUCGCUGCCGCCAGCGUAGGCUUCAAGACGAUAUACGUACCACGCCCUGCUGAAGAUUCGCGUGAGGUGAGGGAGAGCAUGCGUAGCAAGAAGGACGGCGGUGAGGUGGAUCUUGUCGUUAAAGAUUUUGAGGAGCUGGCGAGGUUGAUACGUGAAGCUCGAUAAAGUUGAAGCUUGUGGUUGGUACAUACUUUGUAAGUCCUUGAGGUAUUGCGGAAUCAUAACUUGCCCAUCUGUAUCUAAAUGUUACAGAGCGAGCGAAGUGAG